AUGUCUUCUCACAAGAUUUUCAGAAUCAAGCGAUUCCUGGCCGAGAAACAAAAGCAAAAUCAUCCUAUUCCUCAGUGGAUUCGGAUGAAGACUGGUAACAAAAUCAGGUACAACUCCAAGAGAAGACACUGGAGGAGAACCAAGCUGGGCCUGUAAGGAUUCACACAAUCAAUGGCAAGAAUUGAGAGUUUGCACUGAAUCAUGGUCAACGGAAGCUAUGCUACCAGAUG